AUGAGUACGGCUCUGGCAUUAAACCACAGCCUCAAUCAACAUUUAAUGUACAAUUUGAAUGUACAUCCAAAAAAUGAUGCAAUUUGUACGCUUCUCGAUCAAAAGAUCUGGCUGGUGAAGACUGAACUGGUGGUGAGGUACAUCGCCAGAUUUCAGUCAUCAAUUGAAGGCAUAGUGAAAUGGUCUCAUAUGGUGGUGAAUGCGACGGAGACCAUUCACCACCGUAUGUUGUGUAUGUUGGAUUUGGACUUCCAAUGCUUUAUUUCUAGCCUGGACACCUGGUGGAAAUUUUACCAUACUGUGGAUGAUGUGAAUUUGCAAAUGGGAUGUCCAGGAGAAAAUCAUUCGGCACACAAUAUAAUUAUCGACAAGGAGUGUAUGGCUAUGUUUCGCCUACCUCCUGUCGAUAAUUAUAAUGAAACAUUAAUAUUAGCAUGCACCUACUUGUACUUUUCAUAUUCUAAAAGCCCUUCCAAUCACACUCUUAAUACACUUUUCAACCAUGUAAAAAUUGUCAUGACCAUGUGCAAUCAUCCAUUCACCACUAAGACAAAUUUCAAAUUCACCAUCAAUAGUUUAAUAAAUCAAAAAUAUAUAUCCACCCAUCAAAUUCAUAAAAAAACCACAUAUCAUAUUGAAAAUCUACCAAAAAUUAAAUCACUUUUUUCGAAACACUAUGACACUACCAUCAAUAGAAUCAUCAACAUAACACAAGAAGAGUAUAUAACAACUGCCAUGCAGCAUAGUUUACCAACAACACUGUGGAAAAACACACCUCAUAAACCAUCAUAUAUCAACAAAGAAUACACGUUCAACAAAUUACUCAGAAAAACUAAAUUUAUCUCAUCUUUUUUAAACUCAUUGACAUUGACACUGAACAACACGACAACAGACAUACACACAGCAUACAAACAAAAUUUAAAAACUUACAAACAACAUUUAGACAUACUUCUAACAACACAUCCACUACAAGACACAACAUUAACCUUUGAGGAACUACUUAAAAUAACAACAAACGAUCAACACGAAAUACCAACACAUAACACACAUAACACACACACACCAACUAAAAUCAGCCCGCUACGUACAUAUAUUAACGAAUAUUAUAUUUGA